AUGGAUGGCCCUCCGAUGAACAAUUCUGGCACUGGCAAGCUCCAGGUUCCAGGCUUUGGGGAUCUGAGAGUAUAUCAUGAGGUGGAUCCUCGCCGUCCUUUGCGUAGCUGUUGCCGAUCCGAGAGGGAUGUAACACAAUCAUCAGAGGAUACAGAGGAUAAUCACCGCUUUGAUAUUGCUUUGGCCCAGUUCUGUUACGGCUACCGGCUUACAAUAUGCGAGGUCUACAUGCUGCGUUUAAUGGAACUAGUGACCGAGAAGCCAAAUUGGGAACAUAAUGUGUUCGAUGAGCACCUUGUCGCCCAGUGGUACACCGAGUUCUGCGACUUGAAGAUGCAAUCGCAAUCAAAGCCCGACAGCGAGGUCGACAUGGACCUCGUUUCUCCCCGAGCAUGGGAAUGA